UUUUAUUGUUUGUUUAAAAAUGUGUUUGAGGUAAACUGUUAAUACGUACAAAUAGUUUAUUCCCCAACACCUCUGCUUGAAAUACUAAUGAAAAUGUAGAUGCUAUAGUGCACCUGUAACAAUAAUGGACUCAAACAUAUUUACACACAGUAACUAUAACUAUAACAGAAUCAGCACAGGGAAUCUUUUUUUUUUUUUUUUUUUUAGCUUUUAAGCCACCUAGGAUGAGUAAGUAAAGGGUCAGUGAUAAUCAAUAAUGAAGACUGCGUAGUAUGGUUGAAAGUUAAAGAAAAAAAGACUUUAAGAUGGGGUCAUAGUCUUUUGAACAAAGUCAAACUUUAAGUCCCAAAUGUCAACAUGUGACUAUAAAUUUGUGAUGUGUCUCUUUGAAGUCAGAAGUUCCUGACACACACAGCUACAAGGGAUUGAAUAGGCUCUGAAUAAAAGUUUAUUGUGUAUCAUAAAAAGCGUGUUUAGCUGGAGAAUAAUGGAAGAAGGUAACGGGCUGGUGAUGCUAAAAGUCAGCACACUCCAGGUGAAGCUGGAAACAAAGAGAGGUUCCAAGUCUUCUCAGAAGACACACUCGGAUCAGCCUUCUAGCGAAACAGAUCCCUAAAAAGGCAAAAGUUAACAUCUGAUACAUCCUGCAUCUCACAAACAGCAAUUUAAGUCCAGCAACGAAGCUCAACAUCCGGGAAACGCAACCCGAUCUGCAAAAGACGUGGAAUGUCUUAUUUCUUUUCUUCCGCCCUUCAAACCCGGUAAUGAUGGAGGAGUAAAAAGCGACAUGAUUGGUGGAUGCAGCCAGCAGAGGAGAAAUGUAAACCCCUUCGUUUUGUUGCAUCGGGGGGGUUGAAAACUGAACGCUCCCCUCUUGUUUUUUUUCAUUCCUUCAAUGACAGCAGCAGGAGGCAGCCGGUCGGUGCGGUGGGAAGCUUCUCCCGGUACGAGAAGGAUUUCCCGGCAAAUCUGCGAUGCUGUGAAGGGAUAGAAGAUGAAAAUACUCAAGAAGGACAAGCAGCAGAUGUUCACUGGCCUCUUGAAGCACACACCACCUCAGGCCUCCGCUGCAGCAGCCUCUUCCUCGGACCAAAACAGCAACGCACAAACUACAGCUCCCACAAUCCCACGGGGACACCUGGUUGUGGGCACCAAGGACCAGCUCCGCCUCCUCACCCCUGUGGGCAGCACGGUGACAUCCAAUCACUGCACCACAUCCGGGGUCCACGCUGCUAAGCACUCCGGAGGAGCGCCACGGCCUCCCUCCUCUAUGAGCGAGGAGGAUGAUGGAGGUGGCGGAGGCAGGGUGAAGAAGAAACGAAAGAAAAAGGACAAGAGGGAAUGGGAGAAAGCAGGAGUGGAGUGUGAGGAAAAGGAGAGCAGCAAACCAAAGAAACGAAGGGAGGAGAGGGAGCCAAUAGUGGUCUCCCUGAGAAAGAGCAAGGAACCCAAGGAGGGAAAGGAGAGAAAGGAGCGUAAGGAGCGCAGGACCAAGGGAAAGGAGGGCAGGACAGAGAGUGAGACGGUGCUGAAAAAUGUGUCGGGAGUUAAAACGUCAGGUGCCGCCGUUUCCCCGGGAUCGGCUCAGAUGCCUGUCAAGGUUCCUGGCAAAAGAGGAAGAAAACCUAAGGUCAAAGUCCUACCUCCUGUACCCUCGAAUCAAGCUCGUCCUACCCAAGGAGUCCACACAAAAGUCCCAGGGGGGGCACACGGCACCCAGGCCGCCCACAGCCAUGGUAAGAACCACGGUCAGGCAAACAGCAAGACGCCAGUCCCGUCAGCGCCAAAACAGAGGGGUCGAAAACCCAGAGAUCCUGGCGCAGCGCCGGUGGAGAAGAAGAAGAAGGGGAAGAGGAGAAACCAGGAGCUGGCUGUCCAGGAGGGGGUGGAGAGUGAUGACACUACCUCAAUGUCAGCCAUUAACAUGGGUGGAGAGGACAGCCAAGACCCCCUGGAUAAUGCAAAGCGACGUUCGGGACGACAAGUCAAAAGGAGGAAGUACAACGAAGAUUUGGACUUUAAGGUGGUAGAUGAUGACGGAGAGACCAUUGCAGUUCUUGGAGCCGGUCGCAUCGCGGCGCUCAAUGCCACUGCUCUGGCAUGGCAGGCUGAGGAACCACCUGAGGAUGAGGCCAACAUCAUUGAGAAAAUUCUGGCUGUAAGAACAGUGAAGAAAGAGACGUCAUCAUCAGAGGACCAAACGGAGGAGAUUGAGGAAUUUUAUGUCAAAUAUAGAAAUUUUUCCUACCUACACUGCAAAUGGGCCACUCUGGAAGAACUAGAGAAAGAUCCCAGAAUCCACCAGAAAAUCAAGCGCUUCAGGACCAAACAAGCCCAGAUGAAACACCUGUUUGCCGAGCCCGAUGAGGACCUAUUUAACCCAGACUAUGUAGAAGUGGACAGAGUGCUGGAGGUAGCUGUUACCACAGAUACAGAGACCGGAGAGGAGGUGACCCAUUACCUCGUUAAGUGGUGCAGUCUCUCAUAUGAGGAGGCAACGUGGGAGCUGCAAGAGGACUUGGACCCAGAGAAGAUCAAAGAGUUUGAGGAGAUCCAGAAACUGCCUGCAGACCUCAGACACAUUGAGCGUCCUUCUCCAGAAAAGUGGCAGAAGCUGGAGCGCUCUAGAGAUUACCGAAAUGGAAACCAGCUCAGAGAAUACCAGUUAGAGGGAAUGAACUGGCUACUGUUCAACUGGUACAACAGAAAAAACUGUAUACUAGCAGAUGAGAUGGGUUUGGGAAAGACAAUUCAGUCCAUCACCUUUCUCUACGAGAUCUUCAGCAUGGGGAUUCGCGGGCCCUUCCUCAUCAUCGCACCUCUGUCCACCAUCACCAACUGGGAGAGGGAGUUUCGCACAUGGACGCACAUGAACGUUAUUGUGUACCACGGCUCGCAGAUCAGCCGGCAGAUGAUCCUGCAGUAUGAGAUGUUUCACAGAGACCCACAGGGUAACACUAUCCCAGGUGUGCUUAAGUUUCAUGGGCUGAUCACCACUUUCGAGAUGAUCAUGGCUGAUUGUCCAGAGCUGAGAAAGCUGCACUGGCGCUGUGUGGUGAUCGAUGAAGCCCACCGGCUAAAAAACAGGAACUGCAAACUGCUUGAGGGUCUCAAACUCAUGAACCUGGAACACAAGGUCCUGCUGACAGGAACCCCUCUGCAAAACUCAGUGGAGGAGUUGUUUAGUCUGCUGAACUUCCUGGAGCCACUACAGUUCCCUUCAGAAAGCACAUUUCUCGAAGAGUUUGGAGACCUCAAGACUGACGAACAGGUGAAGAAGCUUCAGGCCAUUCUGAAACCCAUGAUGCUAAGAAGACUGAAAGAUGACGUGGAGAAAAAUCUCGCACCUAAAGAAGAGACGAUUAUAGAGGUUGAGCUGACCAACAUUCAAAAGAAAUACUACCGAGCCAUCUUGGAGAAGAACUUCUCUUUCCUGUCCAAAGGAGCAAACCAGCACAACAUGCCCAACCUCAUUAACACCAUGAUGGAGCUUCGCAAGUGCUGCAACCACCCUUACCUUAUCACAGGAGCUGAAGAGAAGAUUCUGGAAAGUUUCAAGAAGAGCCACAGUCCAGAAGCACCAGACUUCCAGCUGCAGGCCAUGAUCCAGGCAGCCGGUAAACUGGUGCUGAUCGAUAAGCUGCUGCCAAAACUGCUAGCCGGAGGACAUAAAGUCCUAGUCUUCUCCCAGAUGGUCCGCUGUCUGGAUAUCCUUGAGGACUACCUCAUACAGAGGCGCUACACCUAUGAACGCAUUGACGGUCGUGUGCGUGGGAACCUGCGGCAGGCAGCCAUCGACCGCUUCUGUAAGCCAGAUUCAGACCGCUUCGUGUUCCUUCUCUGCACCAGAGCUGGAGGGCUGGGAAUCAACCUGACAGCUGCUGACACCUGCAUCAUCUUUGACUCAGACUGGAACCCCCAGAAUGACCUGCAGGCCCAGGCACGCUGCCACCGGAUUGGCCAAAGCAAAGCGGUGAAAGUCUACAGGCUGAUCACCAGAAACUCGUAUGAGAGGGAAAUGUUUGACAAAGCCAGUCUAAAGCUGGGACUGGACAAAGCCGUCCUUCAAGACAUCAACCGUAAAGGAAGCCUCAAUGGAGUGCAGCAGCUUUCAAAGAUGGAAGUGGAGGAUUUGUUGAAAAAAGGAGCAUAUGGAGCCUUAAUGGAUGAAGAAGACGAGGGCUCCAAAUUUUGUGAAGAAGACAUUGAUCAGAUACUUCAGAGGAGAACUCAGACAAUCACCAUCCAGUCUGAAGGGAAAGGCUCCACGUUCGCUAAGGCCAGUUUCAUCUCAUCAGGUAACAGAACAGACAUUUCUCUGGAUGACCCCAACUUCUGGCAGAAAUGGGCCAAGAUCGCUGAAGUAGAGAUAGACUCCAAAUCAGAGAAGGAGUCACUGGUAAUUGACACACCCCGUGUAAGGAAGCAGACCCGUCAUUACAACUCCUUUGAGGAUGAUGAGCUGAUGGAGUUUUCAGAGCUGGACAGCGACUCAGAAGAGCGGCCUUGUCGAACUCGUCGCCUGGGUGAACGUAGCCGCCGCUACCUCCGUGCCGAAUGUUUCCGGGUUGAAAAGAAUCUUCUAAUAUUCGGGUGGGGUCGGUGGAAGGAUAUCCUAAACCAUGGUCGGUUUAAAUGGCACCUCACAGAGAGAGACAUGGAGGUGAUCUGUAGGGCUCUUCUGGUUUACUGCCUGAGACACUACAAAGGCGAUGACAAGAUAAAGAGCUUCAUCUGGGAUCUGAUCACACCCACCAAGGAAGGCCAAGAUCAGGCACUCGUAAAUCACUCUGGUUUAUCAGCUCCCGUUCCUCGGGGUAGGAAGGGGAAGAAGCUGAAGAAUCAGCUGAAUGUUACUGAGGUGAAGAAUGCUGACUGGCUGGUCCAUUGUAACCCAGAGGUGGUGCUGCAGGAUGAGAGCUACAAGAAACACCUCAAACAACACUGCAACAAGGUGCUACUGAGGGUGCGGAUGUUGUACUACCUAAAGGUGGAGGUUCUAGGGGAAGCUGCCACUCAAGGUUUAGAGGGGGUACCUGCCAGUAAACUUGAGGUGCCGCUACCUGACGUCGACUACAUAGAGAUUCCAGUGUCAUGGUGGGAUGCAGAAGCUGACAAGUCUCUCCUCAUCGGGGUUCACAAACAUGGAUAUGAGCGGUACAAUGCAAUGCGUGCUGAUCCAGACUUGUGUUUUCUGGAAAGAGUGGGGAUGCCUGAUGUGACAGCUCUGUCCUCAGAGCAAGCAGGAGGAGAGGUGGCCUCUGACGUCGCUGACAGCGCAUGCAAAACUGAGGAGACGAAGGAUGAUCCUGAAAACAAACCAGAUGGAGGAGAAGAUAGAGACGAGAGUAGCAAGGGAGAGGAAACCUGCUCCAGCACCGAUACAUCAGACAAGCCAGACAGUACUGGUCCAGACUCUCAGAUGUCAGGUGACCUGUGCACCCAAGAUGGAACUUUGGUCACCACAACGACAACAGGAACCGGGACCGGGGUGGCAGCUCUCCAUGUUGUCCAAGCCCGGCCCCUCUGGCCCACAGGCCCCGCCUUGACGGCCCGAUUACGUCGCCUCAUCACUGCCUACCAGCGCUUCACACUACGACGCGAGCCACUGCUCAGGCAUGACUUUAUGCUUCACGAUGGCCUCGUUGGCAUGGGAAUCGGAGGAGCUGGAGCUGCUCAUAGUCAUCACGCUGGUGGGCCACUGGCUUGGCAGCUGGGUGAAGAUUUAAGAAGGUGUUCUGUGGUCGCUACAGAACCUGACCCUCUGUUUCUGGAGUGGCAGAGAAGGUGGACUCGUCGAGAACAAGCAGAUUUUUACCGCACAGUAUCAUCAUUUGGGGUGGUGUAUGACCCGGAGAGGAAGGCAUUUGACUGGUCCCAGUUCAGAGCUCUUGCCAGACUGGAGAGGAAGACUGAUGAGAGUCUGGAAAGAUACUUCAAUUCCUUUGUGAACAUGUGCAGGACAGCAUGCAAGCUUCCACCCAGGAAGGAAGAAGGACUGGUGGAUCCCGCUGUGAUUGUGGAGCCUCUGACAGAAGAAAGAGCAGCUAGGACGCUAUACCGCAUCGAGCUGCUGCGCAAGAUCAGAGAGCAGGUUCUCCGCCAUCCGUUACUCUCAGCCCGUCUUCAGCUGUGCCGGCCCUCGCUCUACCUCCCUGUAUGGUGGGAGUCUGGCAAACACGACCGCGACCUCCUUAUUGGGGCAGCGCGCCACGGUUUGAGCCGCACCGACUUCUACAUCCUCAACGACCCUCAGCUGAGCUUCCUGGAGGCUCACAGGAACUAUGUCAGGGGACACCCUGCUCACCUUCAUCCUCAAAGCCACCAUCACCCUCAUCACACUGGCUUGGCGACUCAUCCUGGCAUCUCAUCCUCCUCCUCAUCUCAUCCCCAGCUUCCUCAUCCUCACUGCUGUCUGUACGAUUCGGGACUCGGUCGCCACUCUCCUCAGCCUCCUGAAUAUCCCCACCAAUCCUCUCAUCACCACCACCAUCAUCAUCACUCGCAACACCCUAUACCUCCAUCUGCUCCCUCUCCUUCCUCUUCCUCUUCUUCUUCUUCUCACCCUCACCUUCACCCUCCACCAUUGGAUGCUCAUGAUUCAGCUUCACCAAGUCUGGGAAUAGUUCCUGGACCUCGAGGAGAUUUCCUUGACUGUCCACCUUUGGAUGAAACUCUGGAGCUGGGCACGCUACAGCAUGACACCAUGUCUGCAGAUUCUUUACAUGGAGGAAAGGUUUCCAAAGAUGCCCUCAACGGUUUCCCCUUUAACUCAGCUGCAGGAGGUCAAAGCAUGCUCAACUCAUACGGUGUGGGUGGGACAGACCUGGAUUCAAAACUAAGGAGUGAUGUGCUCGUUGGUGAGCAGGGCUCGUCUGAGGAAACUGGGCUGAUGGCACCAUCAGUGGAGCUGGAUCAGUUACAGGCUCCCUGGGACAGUACGGACCACACUAGUCCUGCUCACCAUAUGUUCAAUGAAUCUGAUCCAAUCCUGGGUCCUUCUACCUUAGAGACGGGCUUCCUGGAGGAGGAGGAUGAGGAGGCACAGGGGGGAGACAGAGGAGGGGAGGAAGGUGGAACUCUGGAGGAGUGUUUGGGCCUUCCGCCCUCAUCCCCUCCUUCCCAUCCAUCAGCAGGCGAUUCUGUUGAGCCACUGUCCUCAAGUUACAUGCUCUUUAAGGACAUUGGUGUGAAUGAAGAACCGAGUGCAGAUCACACGGACCUGUCAGCAAGUCCUCCUCUGCCGUACGUACCCCCUCCUCCACUUUCUCUGUCUGACAUCACUGCCCAUGAGCCACAGGAUGGACUGGGGCACUCUGAUGUCUCUGAGAGCCUGACUAAUCCUGUGGAGGAUGGAGAUGAUCGGGAGGAAAGUACCGGCUUUGAGUUUGAUGAUAAGGAGGAGGAAGAAGUUGAAGACUUGUCAAGGGAGACCUUGGAACAGAAUGUGGAAAAACAAAGAGACAAACAUCUGGAAGGAGAGGAAUGUAAUCCAAACCAAGGUGCAGACCAAAGUUUGGGAGUUUUGAAUCCACCCAUGGAAGUGCCAGAGUUAGAAGGGAUAGAAUCAGAGUCUGCCCUUGGAGAACAGGGCGAGAGGAAGGAAGUCUUUAUCCAAAUGUCUCAAGACCUCGAGGGUCGCUUUGACCAAGCAGAGCAUAAAAAGGACUCACCCCAAGACGUGCACUCUUAUCUUGGAAAGCUCGAACAGGAGGGCAGCCUAUCUAUUGAAGAGCCUACGGAGGAGGUGGAGGGGUUGAUUUUGUACCAAGCGGUGGAGGAACGGUCUAUUGAAAAUUCUCUUGACACUGAAGCAUUGAUGUGCAACACAACUGAAGAGUUUGUGCAAAUGAAAGGAAUUCCAAAAAAGUCUAGACAGGGCAGCUUGAUGGGUCACACAGAUCUAGCAGAUCAGGUAGAUGAGAUUUCCGAAGGGCAAGAGGAUAAUGUUUCUCCGUUUGAUGUUCCGGUUGUACAACCCUGUGAUGAGGAGGAAGAAAAGCGUUUGAAACAACUAGAUGUCAAAACCAAUGAGAUGGAGUUGGGUAGCAUUUACUCGCAAUUUGGACAGCUCUCCUGCCCUUCUGUUUCUGUGUCAUCCCCUACACAACCAUCAAACUCUACUGAAACCACCAGAGAGAGCAACAGCAUGGAGGAAGCCAAAAAUGAAGCCUCUAUGGCACACUGCAAGGGUUCAGACGAAGACCUGAACUUGCCCGAUGGCAGCAGAGACUGUAAGAAUAACGCACUAAAAUUCUCCCUUGAUCAGGACAGCAAAGAUAACCUGCUCGAUCAAAAUGAAAUCAAAAUGGGCUCAACUCUGCCUGUGAACAACAUCGACACAAAACCAUCUGACCUUAAAUUUUCUCAUUUACCCGAUGGUGAGGAGAAACCAGAGCAAUUGUUGCUACCAGUCAAGAUUGAAGAUACCAAGACACAGACUAUUGAGGAUGUUUGCCCUGAUAGCUCUGAAGUCAAACACACCAGUUUCUUUUCCUACCCCGUAAAGUCAGAAGGAUUGGUGACCAAAGCAGAGCAGUUAGAAUAUCCGAUUAAACCUGAAACACUGGAGACUAAACCUGAAGAUCUGAGCUUUCGUAUGAAGCCAGAGCAUUUAGACACUAAACCUGAAUUUUUGCAGUUUGUAGCCUAUGCAGGUGGCAGCGAAGUCAAAUCAGAGGUCAAACCAUUAGCUCUGGGGUUUAGUGCUUAUCCAGAGAGUCCUAAGCUUAAGACCGAGGCAAAGCCUGAAGACCUGAGGUUAGCAGCUUUUCCUGAGACAUCUGUCAUCAAGCCUGAAGCCAAGGCUGAGGGUCUGGGGUUCACAAGCUACCCAGAAAGUUCUGAGAUAAAACCUGAGGCCAAGCCAGAGGUCCUUGGGUUUACAGCGUUAUCUGAGGUCAAAACUGAGACAAAACAUGAGAUGUUGGAGGCAGAUAGCACAGUCCUGACCCCAAAGCUUGAGCAGAAUGAUGGCCUAGUAGAAACCUCAGAAAGUGCAGAGUUGAAAGGCCAAGUAAAGGAGGAGAGACCCAGUACACCCGUGCCUGUGGUCGAAGGGUUUUCUGCCAGCCCCAGGUUUGCAGCUCCCAUUUCAGUGUGUGAGAUUCCUGACAGCCUUCAUGAAACCAGAGAGCCAACCAUCGCUCAGCUGUUACAGGAGAAAGCACUGUACUCAUUUUCUGAGUGGCCAAAGGAUAGAGUAAUCAUCAACCGCCUGGACAGCAUCUGCCACGCCAUCCUUAAGGGGAAGUGGCCUUCAUCUAGCGAGCAGUAUGACUCACCAGCCGCCCUGGCUGCCAACUCCUGCUUGGCCAACAGUUUAGCCCAGCACCACCAACACCGAGCAGGUUUUCUCUCCACCACGGCCUCGGGCUCUGUCCCAACCCAGGCCAGGGUGCAGCAGGCGAAUCCUGCACUGGGAUUUUCCAUUCCUCCCCCUCUCACAAGACUACCUAAGUACAUGCCGCGGGGCGGCGCAUGCGGGCGCGGAGCUUGGCGCCUUACCUCCUUGCCUCUGUUACAGGAGAGGCUUGUGGCUCCUGCCUUCCUCCCUGAGCUCAAACGAGCAGGAGGUCGGAGGUCUUUCGACUAUGAAGCCGCUGCUGCGGCAGCUGCCAAGGUUUUAGCUGGAAAAUCUGCAUCGUCAUGCCACACUGCUGUUACCACAAGCUCCAGUAGUGAUAAAGCACCCGUGGUUGCUCCGCCCUCUCACCGUACAGGAGCCAUAUUGAUAAAUGGCUGGCAAGAAGCAGCCAUAGAUCUGACCAAGUCUUCAGGAGAAAUAAGCACCACGAGUAGCAUUGGAACAAAUGAAGCUGUGGUUGCACCAGGAAUCAGCCACCUCAAUGCUGGUGCGGGCAGCAGUCAUAAGAUACCACCGCCACCUCCCAUCACGGCCCCGCUGCCAGGCCCCGUGGGAAUCGACAUGGCCGGAAUUCUGCAGGCGGGGCUCAUCCAUCCGGUAACAGGACAAAUAGUUAACGGGAGCCUGAGGGGAGAUGAUUCAAUGAGGAGGAGGAGAGGGAGGAGGAGAAAUGUGGAAGCUCUGUACUCUGAGUUCACCAAGAGCCGAGGACUGCACCUCCCUGAAUCACAGGGCCGGGUUGAGGUGAUCAGCCACUCUUCUGUUUCCUCCUCCACCUCCUCGCCAUCCCCCUCUCCCUCAGAGCGACCUGCAGGUCCUCCCACACCGUCCUCCUCUUCUACUCCCACCCCAACCCAGACACCUCCUCAGCCAGAGAUUGUGGCCAUUGACAGAGAGGCAGCCGGCAAAGGUCUAAUUGAGUGGCUGAGACAGAAUCCAGGCUACACCAUGGAUCUGCCGGCAUUUGCUCAUUCUGGUGCAGGUCUGUUGCAUGGUUUUGUAGAGCGUCCCAAACAGAGGAGGCAUCGCUGUAAAGAUCCCACCAAGCUGGAUAUAAACUCUUUGACGGGGGAGGAGAGGGUCCCAGUUGUGCACCGCGGCACUGGACGCAGGCUUGGUGGUGCUAUGGCUCCGGCCAUAAAGGAGCUCUCUAGAUGGUUGGAUGCCAACUCGGAAUACUAUGUGGCUCCAGACUGGGCUGAUGUGGUCAAACACUCUGGUUUCCUUCCUGAAGGGAAGUUCUCUCGGAUCCUCACAGAACCCGUCAACAAGGACCCAAGUUCCCGCCGCCGUGGACGUCGACCUCGCAGCGAAAUGCCUAAACCUCUCCUGUCCGUCUCGGACUCUUCCUCACCGGGUCUCGGUCCUCCUCUCUUCAUGAAUGGUGGUUUGAUUGGCAGCAUGGACUCCAUGGUGGCCAUGCAAAAUCUCCGCAGUGGUAUCCCUGGAAUUCCCAUCUCUGGGAUUAUGGCAGCUGGAUUCCCGCAUGGUUUCCCUGCAGCUGUCUCAGCGGGAGGAGCUGGGGGGUCUGCCGAAGAUGCCAAGAAUGGUCUGAGUAUGUUACCCAUGAUGCUGCAUGGAAUCCCGCACCCCCAUGGGGCUGCAAUCCCACAGCAUGCUUUGUUCAGCGUUGGCACCAUGAUGGCACACACGCCACCGCCACCUUCUCCUCAUCCCAGCUCCUCCUCCUCCUCGACUUCCUCCUCUUCUUCAGCGUCUGCUGUGAAGGUCACCACGACAACCGCACCGUCUGCAACUGAGGCGGCCAGCCCUUCUUCGACAACGCCUGCAGAAAGAGAGGGCAGCGCCCCUGCUGCUGGUGGCGAAAAGGACAGGACGCGGGAGGAGAAAGGCGCUGCAGAGGCUAACAAACGACCAGUAGCGGCAGAAGCAGCAGCCAUCAUUACCUCCACCACCAGGGCCCACCUCAGCUCUGCACAUCUUGGAGCUGGCACUGGCAGCCAUCUUACCUUCAACCCUUUCCUAAUCCCGGGCAUGUCCCACGGUUUGCUUUACCCACACAUGUUCUUGCCACAUGGUGGCAUCAUGGCACUUCCAGCCAUGCCCCCUGGUGCAGUUGAUAGCUCUCCAGGCAGCCCCAAGAGGAGAAAGAAGAGAGGAAGAGAAGAAGGCGAGCGAGAAGAGGAGAGGGAGAAGGCAGCAACUGGAGAUGGAGAGGAGAGAGAAAGUACAGAUAAGGCUGGUGGUACCUCCCACCCAGGCACCUCUUCAUCUCCCUCCAUCCCCUCUACCUCAGCUUCAGACCCAGACCCAACUCCAGCUGACGAGCUCCAGACUGGGCAGGGGAAUGCAGAGGGUGGGUCUUCAGAGCCCCAGGAACCGGACUCCAAUGACCACACUGAGGGAGCAACAGAAGACAAUGAGAAAAGAUCGGAGGAGACAGGAGAGGAGGCAAAGGAGGAGGAGGAGAAGCAGGACACUGAGGAGCAGAGACAAGUGGAACAAGAGGAUGCAUAGAGGAGAGGAACUGCAGAGGCCUGAAGGACAGCCCACUUCCUGCUCUCUCCUCCUGUCUCCUUUGUUGCUCUCCUUUCUCAGCUGAGCAACAGUGUAAAAUUUGUGCCGUGUCUGUCAGUCAAUGUCCAUGUAAAGACUUUUAUUAUGAUGAUGACUAAUAAUGAUGACGAUUAUAUUCAGCUCGGUCAUGUUUAUAUACCAAGACCCCACCCACCCUCUCCACUCAUUCAUUGUAUACAAAGAAAACUAGUGUAAAAAAUGAUCCUCUCUGUAGUGUUCUCCUUCAUUCUCCAUUGAGACUGAGUCGGGAGGGAUACUUCUCAACAGGAACACACCCAACACACACCGAAUGCAACCUGGCCUGACCAAGAGCAACUCUGACCGUAGUAUUGAUACCGUUUUAGGCUCAAGGUGAGCCAAGGUGGACAGGCAGCUUUGGUUUUCGCCUGGUUUGUAUGGACACAAGGAUGACUGGGAAGGUGGGGCACAGCUGCCAGAAGUGGUUUUUCCGAAGUUAUUUUUCUCACCACAGUUUGGAAAUUCUGAAAAGCUCAUGCGGGGGAGCGAUUAAAUCUUGUGUUUUGACACACUCCACUAAAUCUAGGGAAAUUUGUGCAAUGUUCAAUGUUCAUGCCGACUAGAUUAAUCUAAAAGGAGAACAGUCAUUCAGAUAUGACACUAAAACACCUUUUCCUAGUUGAUAGUAACAGAAAAAACAACCUAAGUAUCUAAAUAUGCAAGAGCCAGUGUCUGCUGCAGAAACACAACAGACCCACAAAGAUUUUAGAGAGUAGCCCUUUUGAAAUGUAUCUAAAUCACGUUGAUAUGAUUGUGGGCGUUAUUGAAUAAAAGUAUGUUUAGUGCAUUUAAAAAGGCUGCCAAAUUAGAAGAAAUUAAUUUGUCUCUACUAGUUUUAUACCUAAUAAAGUUAACAAAAUUGUGAGAAUAAUGUUAACUAGAAGAUCACAAAAUACGAGCCAGGUUAGUCCAUCCCAGUCACGAAUGUUAAAUCCUAACUUUAAGAUAUUCUGCAAGUUCUCCAUGCUUUAGAUGCAUAUUUUAUUUUAAUUAUAAUGUUAUCAUGAUUCUUAAUAUUGUGUUGCUGCUGCAGUAACUCCUCCAUAAAGUAGAUCACAAAGAUAAAUCGAACGUGAACACUAGAUUAUGAAUCCAGAUUCCCACAACAGCAGUACAGCAGAAAUUCCGAACAGCUAUCAAGAGAGGCUUAGGCAUAUGCUUUCUCAUUUGCUUUUCUUUAUAAAGGCAAGGAACAAUCAUGAGAUUCAUUUGUUUUAUUACUUUUAUUAGCUCAUGUAAUUUUAUUUUUUAACUCAGCCACAAAGUCACUUUGGGAGACCCCCACCUCCCUCCCUUCCCCUCAAGUGGUUAGCUCUAAUCAGAAAACAUGAAAGGGCAGGAACAUCAACCCUAAGCUCAUCCUGGCCACCAGGGGGCAGUAGGAGGUAGAUGUGAUAUCCUGUCUUGCAAACACAGGAGUGGGGAGGAGGGCUGUGGGAGAGUAGAGGAAAAGAAGGUGCUCUUUUUUUGGUCCCUUGGGGUUCAUCAAGUCCUAAAUUGCAUUUACUUACAACAAAUCAGGUAACCAGCAUCUCAUCAGGAACAGUGCAAAAUGAUGCUGCAUAAUGAUUACAAUCAUGACCUGUAGCAUCAGUCGGUCAUCCCCCCCACUGUCCUUUUCCUGUUUUUCUCCUUAGUGUGUUCAGAAAGAGAUUACCUGUGCUGUGUCGAUCAUCUGUCCAGGGAAAGGGAACAGUCUGGUUUUUGUUUUUUUCUUUUUCUUUUUGUUAUUUUUUUUUUUUUUUUUUAAAGAAUGAAGAACAGAUAAAAUAGGGAGAGGAGGGAUAUGGUAGUAGUAUGAAUCACUCUGGCUUUCCCCCGUCACAUUAAUUUUAAUAGCAGUUCAUACUAAGAGUUUCUAAAUAUGUAAAUCUAUCGCUGUAUAUUGCUGAUUUUGUUUUUUUGUUUUAAGCGCACCAUUGAUUUCUUCAUUGUCUUUACUUUGUUCCUCCAUUAGGGGGAAGAAUACUUGACAUAUGCGUAGAGGAUUUUUGCAUAGAGCUUAGUCCCAGUUUUUUUUUCUGUAUCAAACAGACUGUACUGUACAUUAAAAGGAUGCAAGUUGCUGGUUUUAUUCAGUCUUUUCACGACAGGGUGUGUAUUUUGGGGGUAAAUGUCAGAUGUUUCUGAUGUAACGUAUAACUUCACUUCUUUUUGUUUUCAUAUAUGAAAACAUUAUUUUUGCACAAUGUCUUUUUGUGAAUGUUAACCUGUUUCCGUGUGGUCUUUUACUUUCCAUUGUGUGUGUGUGUGUGCGUGUGUGCGUGAGUGUGAGCGUGCGUGCGUGUGUGUGUAUGCGAGAGUGUGCUGUAAUGGGAGAAAGUGUGUAUGUGUGCAUGCAUGCGCACACAUUUUGUGGUGGAGCAGUUUCUACUCUGUUUCGUCCUUACAGGUCACAUUUCUUGUUGGGGAAAAAAAAACAAACAUAGUUG